UCCGGCGGCAAGGGGGUCUGCAUGAAAUAGAUGACGUGGAAUCAGAGUAAGCAGGUUCGAUGAUCGAGAAAUCCACUCAGUCUUUCUUUUAAAGAACACAGGUUCGAAUCACUCAUAGUCUGAUACUCAUUCAAAAAACAAACUUUCCUCUGUUGUCAUCUUAUCCUAUUAGGAUAAUCCUACCCCCUCUUUUUAUUUCCAACACCCAUUCAUACAGAGGUCUCCUUAGACUCCUACCUCGACAAUGGCUAGCCAAGCCGCGUCGAAGCCAAAGGCUGCCACCAAAACUGCCCCGAAAGGCAAGAAAGCUCCCCCAAAGAAGAGACAACCAGAGCCUGAAUCGGAAUCUGAAACCGAAACCGACUCCGAUGACUAUACCUCUGAAGAAUCGGAGGAAGAAGCACCACCUCCACGUCGACAAGCAAGGCAAAAGCAACAAAAACAAGGAGGUGGUGGUGGUGGUGGACCACUCGGUGGCAUCGGUGAUAUGGUUCCUCUAGGUCAAGCUACCGAUACCGUCGGUGGCCUUGCCGGUCAAGCUGGAAACACACUUGGCAAUGUAGCUGGUGGUGUGCUCGGUGGCGGUGAAAAGAAGGGAGACGAUAAGGAGGAUACACUUAGAUUACGGCUGGAUUUGAAUCUCGAGGUAGAGAUUACACUGAAAGCGAAGAUUCAUGGUGAUCUAGAGUUGGCACUAUUGUAAGUUGAUACGACCUUUAUUAUUUCUUCAACCCCUCCUGUUCUGACCAUGGUAAAAGGGAUACUGGUGGAUAAACAUCUCUUGCACGAGUAUUUGUUUGCAGAAACGGUUAAUAAUGUCGUCCCUCCGUUCCAGCUUGAUGUAAUCACCGCUUAGCGUAUGGUCCGAUUUUCGUUAACUUCGAAUAUUGUACCUUUCUAACCUGUGAAAAGUCUUCCAUGAGGACAAAACUUGAUUAGAAGCUUCUGCUAACGAGUUCGCUUUCUUGCAGGAACUAAUUGGCUUUUCGAUUUCUUUCACGUUGGGAUAGAAUCUUGGAUUCUGCGGAGUGGGCACAUGGGAGGACCGGGUUCUGAUGUUAUGAAGGAGUUCUUUGAGUGCAUGGAGAAAUGGGAGAAUGGGAUCGGUUUUGACAUGUUCGACAUGUAUUAUAUACCCAUUCUCUAAAGUGGGAAUUUUUAAUGCCUGAAUGACUUUUCCAACA